AACCUCGUUUAAAUCCGCUUCUCAAAUGUGCAUGCGACAUUACAAUUGCUCAACCAAGUUUAUUCUGUUUAGCUUUGAUAAUUGUGUGCUGAAAAUCAAAUAAAGGAUGGGAACAGAGGUAUCCAAAGAGCAAAGUGAUCAAGUCCUUGUCGACGCCAAAAGUGAAUAUAUUGAUGAAGUCCUACAACAAGAAGACAAUAACAGCGAUCAUGAGAGCGAGGAACAUGUUCACGAAUUAAGUGAAUUGGACAAGCUUGCGCAAACCAUAGACCCGAAAAAUUAUCUCGAUGAGUAUCCUUUCGAAAAUCUCAUUUUUGAGGGAGGUGGAGCAAAGGGGAUAGCAUAUCCUGGAGCAUUGAGGGCAUUAGAGGAAGUUGGUAUUAUGACAAGGAUAAAACGAUUUGCUGGUACAAGUGUUGGCUCCAUAACAGCAACAAUGGCUGCGCUUGGUUACAAAAGCACUGAAAUUAGAGAAGUCAUGUCGACAGAUUUUUCAAAGUAUUAUGAGUCCUGUAUUUUUAUGUUGAAAGAUGCUAGGUUUGGAAAAUUCAGUAUCAUUCCAAAUCUCCUCUGGUAUUUGGGAUGGCAACCACUUCAUACCCUGUAUGAUUACAUCGGAGAAAUAGUUGAAAAGAAACUUGGUGAUAAGGACGCUACGUUUGAACAACUUUACAAGGAGUUGGGGAAGGAGUUGUGCAUUGUUGCAACAAAUCUCAAUGAUAUGGAAGAGACUUAUUUUCAUCCUAAAACUACACCCAAAAUGCCACUCAGGAAGGCGGUUCGUAUGUCUAUAAGCCUCCCAGGUAUAAUGCAGCCUAUCAAACAUACUGAUUUUGGAGUGGAGAGCAUGUAUGUGGAUGGUGGUGUACUUAUCAACUACCCAAUAGAGUGUUACGAUGGGUGGUGGCUUUCAAUGAAAAAGGAGGAUUCGUUUUUCGAAAGAUUACAACCUUUAGAGAAACUCCCCUUUAUAAUGGAUAGAAAAAACAGAUUUGCUCGUGAUGAGGCUCAGUCGUCCAAAUCGCUGGGAUUCAUACUGUAUUCUGAGGAUGAGAUUGAGUCUUUUAAGUCAACGUUUGAGUCCAGAAGGAAAACAAAACUACAGUUCCCAGACACACCAAUGGGAAGAAAGGCAACACAGAAAACGAAAGACGAAAAGAAGUUGAAUAAAGAACACCAAUGUGUGAGAACUUCAGUUAGCAAUUUUUUAAAGAUACUGCAAAAGAAUAACCUGGACAAAGAUGAAUUCAUCAACAGAGAGGAACUAGAGAACACCAUAAAAAGUGAGGAGCUUACUGACUGUGACAAGAAACGUCUGUUUGGGAAGAAUGUAUCUGUUGACGAAGUGAUGGCGAAACUAGACAAGGAUGGAAAUGGAAAGAUCAGUUAUGAAGAGUUAGUUUCAUUCAUUGAAGAAACAGGGAUCUCAGUGGUUCACAGAAGAUUAGGGUUUUGUAGACAACAAGUGAAUACACUACUUUCUUUACUACAAACCCUCUACAAUACGAUGUCACUGAAUAUUGUGCGGAUAUCAGUCAGCGCUGCUGAUAUGUCACGUACAGUUGGCUUGAACUCGCAUUAUAUAGGAACCCUUACAUUUGAUUAUACCAAAGAGGAUGCAGAUUUCGUUGAACAGGAGAGUCAUAAUACCACUAUGGCAUUCUUGAAGAAUUUCGUGGCAAAACUAAAGAUUGAAAGAAAGGCCAAAGCUCCUGUCAUAAGCACGAAGAAUGCGGUGGAUGACUGAAAAAAAAUUGUAAACGCUUUAGAAAAGACUUUUAGUAAAUAUGGUGAUGGUUUGUUUUAAAUGCCAAUCCUGUAUAAUGUAGAUUAUGAAACUAAUAAAGUGUAACACACAA